CGUCGGCGGAUUGAGCUUCUGUUCGUUCGAUUUCAGCCCCGGUGCUCCGUGCACGAUUCUACCCGAAUCCGAGAUUCGUCUCCGUUUCCGUAAACCGGUCGCGGUAUCCACGGGAACGACGAUCCUCCAAAGUUGUGGUAAAUGGAGAAGUACCACAUAGGAAAUGUUGUUGAAGAUGAAGUUCCGAUACCUUUCCCAGAAGAGAUAAUCGGAAAGGACUACGCGAUAAUCGAUGUGAGAACGGGCUCUAGGAUCUUCAACUUGGUCAAAUUCGCUCAGACUUCAUUAGCAGCAAAUACCAAUCUUGUGAUAUCUGCAUGUGGUCCUGCGAUUACUAAAGCUGUGACAAUCGCUGAAAUCAUCAAACGUAAACAGGAGAAAGUGUAUCAGUGGAACAAGAUCGGCUUCAGAGAAAUCAAGGAAUUUUGGGAUCCGAAUGAAGCUGGGAUGACGCGACUCCGAGUUACACGGGAACUCCCGACCAUGCACAUCUAUCUGACAAAAACUCCUCUCGAUGAGUCGUUACCCGGGGUCCAAGUUCCAAGAAGUAAAGACAGAAAAACAAAGCCCACCAAAUCGAAGAUGCACCGACCGGCUGAGCCUGCAUCGAAAGGGAAUCGAGGAGAGAAGAGAUCCCGACGGAAAUCAGCGACUCUCGCUGUAGACUCGAACAAGGCGGAUGGUGCAGAAGGGAAUAAGGAGCAAUGAGACUGUGAUUGUUGAGUUUUUUUGUACAUAAGAGUUUUCCCCCAUCGAGUAAAGC